CGGCAGCCAUAUUAUUUGUUGUGGUUUCCCUUCAUACCAUGAUUUUACACACGGAUGUUGGAUAUAUUCUCAGAAUUGGCUCCGAUUAGGAAGCGUACGUCAUAGCGAGAAGCUUGAUAAUGAACAAAAAUGGUACGAAAUUAUACAAACAGGGACAGUUGAAUGGAUACACGUACUGCAUUCGGCAAAUCUUCGAGGAAAACACACUUGGAUUCUCCCACGGUAGCGGUAACGCCACGAAGCUCAACAACAAGUGUCACGGCUUCGCCACAGAAGAGCAGAAUGGAAAACUAGGAGCCCCUGUGCCAGCCCGCCUGUACACUAGCCCGGCAACUCUGGUGGACGGGUCACACGUCGGAGGCCGCAAGGAGCAACGGCGGCAACGUCGGGCCGCCCUGUCGCUUCCUUCUGAAGGAAAGCUGCGCUUUGCCGACCGGCUGCGGGCCCUGCUCAAGCGCGAGAAUCACCAGUCGCCCCAACCCGGGGCUGCUCCCCACGACCCGUAUGACUUCUCUGAGGCCCCAUCCUCUGCGUGUGUGGCGGCAGCGGCUGCCACAUUGCCGCAGAAAAUUCCCAUCUCUGCCCCACUUGUCACUGGCACACCCCUGCCCACCGUGUCCGAAGCGCAGCGGACAGUUGAAAAUGGCAGCCUCGGACGGCAAGGAAAUGAGCUGUCGCACAACCACAGGAGCAUCCAGCCCCAGGCAAAGCUCCUGCCCAAGGAGGUCCCCGUCCACCAAACGCAGCAGCUCCAGCGGGUGCCCGUUGUCUCCCAGCCAUUGUCAUCUGUCUCCUUUGCCAAGGGAACCACCGUGUUUGGCUUGGCGGAAGUCAAGCCAAAGGUCGUUGCUGCCAGCAGUGGUGGCACGGCAGCUGUGUGCAGCGGUGGCACUGGGACCAGUGUCCCUUCUGGAGGCACGGCCAAGCUUUCGAAGACUAUGAACAGGCUGCAGGCCAAAAUAGCGCAAAACCGAGUGCUGGACAAGCUCAAGCGAGCACAGCAAGACACUGGCGGCCAUGUGUCAAGCCCUUCUAGUCACAAUCACAAUCACCGGGUAAUGGUGUCCUCUGCAUCGUCAGCAUCAUCAUCACUGCUCUCCGGAGCAGCCUUUGGGCAUGACAGGCACGAAAUUGCCAAGUCGGGUGUGUUGGUGCGGCCACGAGAGAGGCCCGGGCGGGACAGGCGCAUCAAGGUGGUGCCUGUGGCUGUGGCCCCUACAGCUGCGACCACUUCGUUGGCCACCACUCCGGCUGCGGCUUUGCACAAUCUGCGACGCUUCUGGAAUGCGGAGAGAAAUUCUGGGACUGAGGAGGCACAAGCUGCAGCUGCUGCUGCUGGUGGAAGUGGUGGUGGUGGUGGUGUCAGUGGCUGUGGCAUCCACCAGCUCCCUGGUGUGGGCUCCCAAGGAGGCACAGAUCUGGGCAGCUCGGAUAGUGAUUCGAGUGAGGAUGAAGACGGUGCUGGUGAACGAGCACCUUCUUUAUGGAACUGGGAUCUUGAUUGCAGCGAUGCUUCCACGGUGCGGAGCGUGCGCUCACUUCGCAUCAGCCGGCUGCGAGCAGAGCUGCGCAAGCGCUAUGAGGUUCUGUGCAAGCGGCAAGCGGCAGCACGGCCUGCUCUGGAGAAGCAGGAUGCCCUCGUACGGCACAUGGCGCGCGCGGCAGAACUCUGCCCUGAUGCGGCUGCCCGGCUCCUCAUGAGUGAUGGUGCCACCAACAGCAUAACAAGGCCCAAGCCUGUGCCCCUUGAAAAGCGUACCUGCUGCUAUAAGCAUGAAAAUGUGGUCUGCGCCAUGCCCGCUCUUCCUUACACAAGGCACUGUACAAAGCACAUAAUGUACAAUGUGGACCAGCUCCUGUUUGAGCACUGCACUGCGAAAUUUGCGGACAACACGCAGUGCUGUGUUCCAGUGUUUGACAUGUGCCACGAGCUGCCCCUCUGUCCGGAACAUGCCAAAAAGAGAGACAACUACAAUAAAAUGGCGGCUGAGCCCAAACCCAAAAAGCCCCGCAAGAAAUCUAAACCUCCUGCGCUGACACGACCACCCAAGAGGGGCAAGAAGAAGAAAGCUGCAGCUCCAGGCAUGACAACACCACCUCCGAUGGCACACUCUCCAUCAUCAUCAUCAUUUUCAUCAUGUGUGCCACUCGAAGUGCUCAUCCAGUCACCCGUAUCCUCCUCGUCUUCCUCCUCUCCAUGCUCUUCGCGAUCACCCCCAUUCCUCGGUGGCAGUGACUCCUCACCAGCUCUGCUAGGCAGUUUGGUGACCCCAACGGGACCGUCUGCUCAAGCAUCUGCGCUAACAACACCGCCCAGUGGUGUGGGUGCCCAGCAACCCCUACUGCAGAUGGUGGCAGCCGGGUGCUCCACUGUGCGCAUCAAGACGGAGCCCAAGUCUCCAGUCAUGCUGCACCACUCGCUACCCUCCUCCUCUUCCGGUUCUACCACCCACACAAUGCCCAUCUUGACGAGCCACCCCAUGCCAAGGUCAACAGUGACGGCAGCCCACCUUUCUAUGGCAGCAGCGGCGGCCCCUCACAUCUUGGCGACAACCCGAGCGAUGGCUGUCCACCAUCCGCCACUGACAGUGGCUGCCACCACCCCCACCACGGCAAGCCAUCUGGUGACUGCUUCGGCAGCAAGUAUGCUGCCCGCUGUGACACACCCGUCGUCUACAGCACACCUGGUAACCAGUGCACCAACAGUUGUACGACCAGCCAUGGUGAAUCACUCACACAUGGUGGCGCAAACCACUGUGACUGUACCGCAUUCCUCAACCAUGGCAUUGGAGGCACCUGCUGCUGCAGUUGUGGGAGCUUUGGGUGCUGCCACCUCAAUGGUUGAAAGCUAUGGCUAUGUGCCUGUGGUGGCUGCCAGCAGCAUGAACACUGAGACUGUGGCAAAGGAACUUGUGGAGAGAAUAGAGCCCGACCUGGCAACAGAUCUCGAGAACCAGUUCUCACCAGACACAAUAGAAAAAUCUUUGGAGCUGCCACUUGAUGCAGCGGAACUGGCCAACCAGGCAACGAAGCUUCUUGAGGAGCAUGACUUCACGGAGGUGUUGAACAAAAUCUCUGAUGAUGCUUUCAGCGACUUCUUUGCAGAAGCGAAAAAUGGCGAGUAUGUGCCGAGCAAGGAGGAAACGGAGGAGUUGGAGAGGGCCCUGGCAGCUGUCUCCAAGGAUGUGCACAUGGCACGGGAAUCCCUGGCCAAGCUUUCGGCAGCAGGUGGUGCACAGGGAGAGGUUCCCGACUUGCCCGAUUUGGUGGAUGCCUUCCCAGAUUUGCCACUGAGCACAAGCGACAUCAACUCGCUCACUCAGGCACUCAUGGGUGGCGAAGCACUGAGAACUGUGGCACUACUUUCCUCUGCUGAGCAGGGUUUUACGCUGCUCGAACAGCCUACAUUCACGCCCCAGCAACAGGCUGCCGCUGCUGUGACUGCAGAUUCUGCGGCCAUUUCAGCGUCAUCUGGUGGCUGGCUCCUGGGGACAUCGUCAGACUUUGCCACCUCUUCGCCUGCCACCACCCCCGAAGUGCCCACCCAGGGGUCUGCAGCUGCAGCAGUGUUGCCCAAACGUUCGGUGCUAGCGCAGGAGUCUGUGUCCUAGCGGUGAACUGGGACUCUCCGUCGCUUGCCUGGGCCUGAGGGUUUGCUUGAAGUGUUCUUUCCUCCACGGUGGUCCAACAAGUGCAGCAGCCUGGAUUGGGACACACGUUUUCUUCUUUCCCACCUUCUCUGGCCAUCCCCCUAUGGCGCCAGUGGAAGCUGCAGUACAAAAGCCCCUGCCAGUUGGGUUUUCCCUCUUUUACUUGCAUCCGGUGGCAGUCGAGAGCCGCCGUCGCUGCUGCAUAGGAUACUGGGAGCCACCGCCUACAGUGGUGGUUCUCCGAGAUGUGAUCAGGGCCGAGGUCGUCGCUGGUUGGUUUGGGGCAGAAGCGUUCUCCUCGAGCGGUCUCGCACAUGUACCUGUUCCAAAGGGUGGGGUGGGGGGUGCUUGUCGUGUUCUCGUGGCGGCUCUCCCUAGCGGGGCAAUGUCGCUGUCGUCUGGGAGUCCCGUCCAGAGGCUGGCAGCUGUGGCUACUGCCAGCCUCUCCCUCCGUGUGCUGUUGUGCUCAAUUUCUCGUGCAUGUGUGGUCUCUACUUUUUCCUUUUUUAAAAGAUUGUUUCGUGAUGUGACACUUCGCUAAGACUUUUUGAGAAGAAAUUGCUAGUGAGCGAACAGAAGCAUUUCUCUGAUUGAGCAUGCUUCUGCAUUUGUUUUCUUGUGUUUAUUCCUUCUUGGCCAUGUACAGCUUUUUGUUUGUAACGGAGUCUCUCUCUUUCUCAUUGUCCUCUCCAAGUGUUAGGUAGCGUGGUUGUAUUAUAACUCUUGUGUAUCAUAGGUACCCGCUGCUGAUGCUGCUUUCUCAUUGUUUCACACUUGCUGUGGUGAUAACAUAUUUUUUGGUAUCAGUCCUCACGGUGUUUGUUCAGCAUGCAUCAUCCUGUGUACAGGUAUUUAAUGAUGUUUAAAAUGCAGAAGUGCAAGCUUUUUGUUGCUUUCUGCAGUGACUUUUGUUGCGCAGGCAAAUUGAUCAUUGUUGAACACUUUUUUUUAAAAUUUGUUUCACCUUGUGAUGUGGACCAUAUGGCUUGUGGACAUAAAGGUUGCCAGUAUGUUAUAUAUAUAUAUGUAUAAAUAUGUAUACAUGUGUAUAUGAGUAAUGAUUAUUCUUAGGGAUAAGAUAACUUUGCUGUUUCAGAAAUGGCGUUAUCGGUGUUGUCUGCUACACAACAAAAAUUUAGAGUAUUUUUUUUUUCCUUUCAUAUACUGGCAGGAGUUUUGUAGUGUUAGUGUGAAGCAUUUUCCUUGUGGCAGGAAAGAAAUGAUUACCAUUCUUUACCCUCCUCGGUUCCUGGGUACGAACAAACACAAACACUGUUCUUGUACAGCUUUUGUUUUUUAGUGUGCCUCUGGCAUGUGUUGUUGAUUCAUGACAUUGCUAGGAAUGAAACAUGGCGUAUCAUCAGUUUAGGUCAUCCUGGAGUGUAAAAGGCCACGCACUGCCUGUCACUCUUUUUAUCAUAUUCGUUACAUCAUUGUGGUACCUCCGUUAUUUAUAUAUAUUUCAUAAAAGAUAAAAAAAAAGAUUACAUUGAAACGCGUGGCACUAUUGAAGCCUGUAAGCAACAUGAGGGAACGGAACUGCUCGUAAUAUGCAUUUAGGUCGGGCACGUCCACACUGCCUAGCCUGGCACUGCUAUUGGUUAAUUUGCUCCGGCGCUUAAUGGAAUUAAAUGACGGCACACACAGGAGUUAGGAGCUCUGGCCAAGGACAGAAGAGGUGGUGAAUGCAUGUGGACAGCCGGGAAGCACGAGCCCUGUUGCCUUUACAGCAGGCUGUGCCACUGGGUGUUAUGGUUUCGUGCGAGUUGCAGAGUCCUGGAAAGGGGGCAUGCUGUCUUCAUUUCAGGGGUAGCUUUUAAGUAGCUGGUUUCGGGGUUAGUUGACCACUAUACAGUUUCGAAAUGGUUUAGACAAACUCUCGUAACCCUGAGUGUGACUGUUACUUCAUAUCAAUGUGCAAGCGGGUUAAAAAAAAAAAAAAGCAAUCCGGGAAAGGAAUAUUGAAUGGCUCUUAAUAGUAUGCUAACUUGCUUUAAUUCACUGCUUUAAGGUGCCUCCCUAAACGCAUUGUGUUCUUGAACGGGUAUACAUUGUUUUUCUUUCUUUUGGCAGUCCUGUGCAAUGCGUUCAUACGGGCAGACUGAAUGUCCUCACCUGAUGCAUUCAUUUUUCCUUUUCUGCUCAUUGGUAAGCACAUUUUAAUUGAGUUGGCUUCCAGCAGUUAUUCUGAGCACCUUGCCAGCAGUUUUAAGCAUUUUUCUGAAACAACCUUUCACUUCAUUGGGGUAAGGUGAAUCCAAGUGGGCUGGUAGCAGCGUCAGAGUCUAAAUUUGGAUUUGUAUCCAUAAGCCAUCAACUGCGGAAUAAAUACUCCUGCAACUUAUGUUGUA